AUGGAAAAUGAGGGACAGGAAUUUGAAACCAGCAACCAACAAUCAAAUUAUGGCAGUACUUCAGAUGUAGUUUUCAACCCAACUUUUAGCAAUAUUGGUCAAGAAGAAGUAGCUGUUAAUUCUGGCAUUGGUAGAGAAGAGGAUGACAAUCCAAAUUAUGAAGAGAGACAAUUAGUUAUUCCUGAGCAUGCUAUCCAAAUCAACGAUAAUGAGAGACAAGAGCCUGUUAUCAUCAAUGGAUCAGGAUGGUCGACAUUGAAGAUUCCUGUACCUAUGUUCAAAGUCGACAAAGAGCCUUACGUCCCCAUGAUUGUCUCCAUUGGUCCCUUUCAUCAUAAUGAACCAAGUCUACGAGCUAUGCAAACUCAAAAGCAGCGGUUUCUGGAUCACCUGAUUCGAAACCGAACAUGGCAACCUAUCCUUGAAGAAAGCCUUAAAAAUGCCAUGAGAAAAUUGGAGAAAAAGACCAGAGAAUUCUAUGCAUAUGACUUUCAGGCUAUAGAACCUGAUGAUUUUGUGCAGAUGAUGGUCCUCGACGGUUGCUUCAUUGUAGAACUCCUGCGUUUCUAUGAGAAAAAAUAUGUGGGGGGGCCCUUUUUCAAAACACGUUGGACGCGGACAAAUAUCUCUCGUGAUUUACUUUUGCUUGAGAACCAACUCCCUAUGUUUGUGCUGAAGGAGAUUUUUGAACUUACUGCCUUGAUGGGCGAGGCAACUCUGAUUACGCUUGCUCUUAGGUUUUUUGAACCCUUGAGACCUGGGAAGGACAAAUUUGAUGAAGGGAUGUUGAACAAGCAUGCCAAUGGUGGGUAUAUACAUCUAUUAGCUUUGUUUCACUCUACCUUGAUUUCAGGGAAUAACAUAUACCCACAGCAGCCUGCAAAGAGUGAUCUUAGGCUUCCUGGGAAAGGUUGGGUGCAUAAUGCCAAAACACUUAGUUAUGCUGGUAUUAAGUUCAAAAAAACAUCUGGUAGCAUUCUCAACAUAAAUCUUACACACAAGACGUUAAAUAUUCCAACUAUGGUCAUCGAUGAUAGCACUAGCCCUAUGUUCAAGAACUUGAUAGCCUAUGAACAAAACAACUGCGAUGUAGCUCCAUAUUUUUGCUGUCUUGCAUUGUUCUUAGAUAGCAUAGUGGAUACGGUCCAAGAUGUCAAGAUUCUUUGUGAUGCUGGGAUUAUCGAACAUGCAAUGGGUAGAGACGAGGAGGUGGCAAAUCUUUUCAACAAACUUACUAAAGGGCUAGUGUUCAAUAUUAAUGAAGAGUAUUGCUACAUGACCAAGGAAAUCAAAAAUAUCAACCGUCAUUAUGAACACUACAAAAUCAGAGUUCGAGUUCGUCAUCUUCUCACCAAGCUGAAUUUCACUAGAUCACUCAGAUUACUCAACACAUGCUUUUCCAUCUUGAUCACAGUCUUCGUAAUUAUGAUACAGUUAAAAUCUGAUAAUUCAAAUGUCAACUCCUCAAAUACUCUGGAUUCACCUCCACCCUUGUCUUCUUGA